UAGUGUUCCAUUUAAAAUAAUUAAUUCCUGCAGCCGUAAAACUUUUAUUUAUUGCCAAGACCACGAAUUGAAAGCUCAGUGUUUCAUUACUUUUCGAGUGCAACAAAAGUUUACACGUGCAGUUUGUUCGUCCACAAUUUCACACAGUAAAAAGUUGGGUUGACCAAGUGAUCGGAAAAAUACAAGGAAAAUGGAAAUUGUCAAGAAAAUCCAGCAAUUCAUCAGCUACUGGUACGUUCGGUACCUUUUGGUUACUGAAUUGUAUAUGGUUGAAACCUGGGAGAAGGUUAUAGUGCAUAUCCUGUUCGCCAUAAUCUUCGGUCUGUUCUGGUAUUUCAACUACUCCAUCAUCAUGAGUGGCAUCUCUCAGCUCCGCAGCUCAACAUCACAUGACGUGGAGCAAGUUUUAUGAGCAACCAUCAACUAUAGUUACGAACUCAAGUUACUACUAAAUUAUUAUCUUAAUAUGAUGCUGUAGGAUUAAUUUAAUUAUAUUGUAACCUUUAUUUUAACAUUUUUAUAGAAGACACUGUAAAAUAAUGGUAUCUGUAUUAAGAAAAAAAUUGAAAACUUAAUGUGCUGCAAAUGAAAGGGAACAAAAAUGUAUGGGACAUAAAUAUGUAACAAAAAUGAACAAAAAAGGAUGAAGUCAGAAGAUUACUGUAUUUUUAUACAACAAAAGUUUAGGGUACUACUACCCGCAACUGGAUAAAAAGUAGACUGUAUGUAUGUUCUGAUGUGGGCUGUAUUACAGUAAGUUUCAUCGGCAUCUGUCUUGUGCUGAAGGAGUAAAAGAUGUCAAUGCACUAAGUGACCUUUGGUCUUAAAAAGCUUAUUUGCACACAAAUAGAAGCUUUGAAGUUGUGUGCUGCAUUUUUGUCUGCCGGUAUUUUCAUAUGUAAAAUGGAACACUAACGGAAAUUCAGGAAUUCGCAAAUAUCUAAUAAGUAUUGUUUAUAGUUCAUAGCUACUAUUAGCUACCUGUAGCAAAUCAGUAAAGGUACGUUAAAAUUAUGAAGUGUAUAAUGGCCCAAGCACCUAUUUUUUGUGACACCUACCUUCACUGACGUUUUUUAUACAAAAGUACCUACGUAGUAUUGAAAAUUAUAAAGUACCUAUGCACAUAAUCUAAUGUAAGUUAUUUAAAUGCAUCUAAUUUUCAUUCCAUGUUAAUAAUUGUUACCAAAAUAAAUAAUUAUAAUUUAUUCUCUAA